AUGUUUCAACAACGAGACUCGAACGCCAUCAACGAAGAGGAAUUGGAGAAGACAAUCGCCGAGAUUCGCAGUGAAAUCGACCAUUUCAAGACUGACUCGACGUUUUUACAGGUUUUAGAGCAACGGAUUUUUUACUUGAGCAGUCGAAGUGGGCGACGAAACUUGCCUUUAGUCGUGUUGGUGCAUGAUCAAGUAAGUAAACCGAUUUUUUUUGUCUGUUUCCGGGUUUAGAAGCCAAAAUCAAAGUGAAUGUUGAAGCAAGAGUAGAAUCCGGAUGUUAGUGUUUUCAUAAAGUGCAUGGAAAUUUGUCGCGCCCUGCACUGUGCACAAAAACCCCCAUCUUGCACCGUGCAUCUCACUUUUCAUGCACUGUGCAACGGCUUUUUUGAAAUUUGCACUGUGCGGUAUGAAAAGGAAAAAUGCACCGUGCGCUGGCGACGAGCAUGGGAAAAGGUUCAAGAUGCACUGUGCAAACGGUUUUUUUUGAAGUUUGCACUGUGCGAAAAGGGAAAUUUGCACUGUGCGAAAAGAAAAAAAUGCACUGUGCGUUGGCGACAAGCGUGGGAAAAAAUUCAAAAUGCACUGUGCAUUUCACUUUCUUGAACUUUGCACUGUGCGUUGGCGACAAGCAUGGGAAAGGUUCAAGAUGCACUGUGCAAAAGGCUUUUUUGGUUUUUGCACUGUGCGAAUGCGAAAAAAUGUCCAUGCACUUUAUGAAAGUACUAAUAAAAAUUUUUGGCUUAUUACGGACCAAAGGGGAACAAAAAUUUGAAAGCAGUUUUUCUCUUUUGCACCGUGCGAAUUUCUCAAUUCUUCGCACUGUGCAAUGGGCGAAAAAGCAAAUUUGUUUAAAAUCUCUGUGAUUUUGAAGCUUUUGACAAAUCAAAUAAGUAAAAUAUGACCUCUCCUUUUUGAUGGGCACCUCAAAACAUGGAAAAUUUGACGCUGACACCAUAAAUUUACCUUAUUUUAGUCUCUUGACGACAUCAAAAUUUGCAACUUAAAUUUUCAGAUCAACAACUCUUCAAUAUGGUCGGAGAACGACACUCUGAGGACAUUAUCCUCGAAUGACUUCAAUUUCGUCGCCCUGGACUUGCCGGGCCAUGGGCAGAGUACGGGGCCGAGUUUGGAGAAUGCCGAAAAAUCCGAAAGUUUCGCCCAAUUUUUGCAAAUAAUUUGCUCCGAAUUUGGGCAAGAGAAUAUCGUGGUGUGCGGCGCGUCCAUGGCCGGGCAAUACAUUGUGCCGUUGUUGAAUUUGCCGGCCGUUCGAGGGGUGAACAUCAAAGGUGAGGGGGCGGAAGUCGAAAUUAGAGUAGAUGAGGUCGAAAAUAUGAUUGAUAUUGUAUGCAAUUUGAUGAUCUAGACCGUCAAGAGCAUAGAGAAAGAUAUUUUGGACUUGUUUUCCUUUUAAAAAUUGAAAAUUGAGGAAAAAUUAUAUUAUACUUGACACCAGAUGUUCUGAUGUCAAAAACAUUGCAAAAACGUGAAAAUAUUGGGUUGGUAGUUAUGUAUAUAGACGUAUUAAGGCUUUUAGUUUGUUUUCGCAUCCAUUCCGAGGCAAAUUGAGCGGUUUCUAAACCUAAAAUUUGAAUUUCCCGCAAUUUUUGGCAUUCUGUUCUAACGAUUGCGAAUGGUAUAAAAUGUCUAAAAUACCGCCUAAAUGGAAAAUUGAGCAGUUUUAAGGCAAAAAUUUUUUAUUUUGUCUAUGGACAUCUAAUUUUGACAUCAAAUUUAUUAGGACGUCCAGAAAGUUCGUUCGUUUUUUUCAUUGCUUUGUUUUACGAGGAUUGUUUGUUGCUUGACAAAGAGUGUAUGUAUAUUUGAUACAGCCAGUUUUGUAAAGGGGAAAACGCUGUAUCAAGUAAAUAUAUUCCAUUUGCCAAAGAACAAACAAUCCUUGUAAAACAAAGCAAUGAAAAAAAACGAACCAACUUUCUGGACGACCUAAUAAAUUUCAUGUCCAAAUUAGAUAUCCAUGGGCAAAAAUAAAAAAUUUUUGCCUGAACACUGCUCAAUCUUCCAUUUAGAAGGUAUUUUAGGGAUUUUAUACCAUUGACAAUCGUUAGAACAGAAUGCCAAAAAUUGCGGGAAAUUCAAAUUUUAGGUUUGUAAAUUGCUCAAUUUUCCUCGGAAUAGGUGCGGAAACAAACUAGAAGUCUUAAUACGUCUAUAUAAAUAACUAUCAACUCAAUGUUUUCACUUUUUUGCUAGCUUUUUGGCAUCAGAACAUCUGAUGUCAAGUAUAAUAUAAUUUUUCCCGAAUUUUCAAUUUUAAAAAGGAAAACGAAUGCAAAAUAUCUUUUUUCUGUGCUCUUGACGGUCUAAAUCAUCAAAUUGCAUACAAUAUCAAUCAUAUUUUCGACCUAAUAUGUAUCCAUGGCAAUUUUGAUCAAUUUCAAAUAUAAAUCGUCCAUUUUCAGGCCUCAUAGCCAUUGCUCUCUCUGAUGCCGAAGCGCUCAAUCUGUCCAAGCCACUGCCAAAAACUCUGCUGGUUCGUGGCGAGCUGGACACGAGUCUUGGGCCGAAUUCGGCCGCGGUUUUCAAGCGAUUCGAGAAUUGCGAUGAGAAGAUUAUCGAGAACGGUCGUCAUUUUUGUCAUCUAGGCAGUACGGCCGUGGAAUUUAAUCGAUUAUUGAUCAACUUUCUCAAAGAUUUGUGA